UCAACACAACAAGUCUAAUAUUACAAGUUCCAAGGUAUAUUUUCAGAGACCGCUGCUACUAGAGUCAAGGCACCUCAAAGAAGCUCUGUCUCUGGGUCUCAGAAUUUUGCCCGCAUUUUAAGAGAGGUUUUGGGUUUAUUUUUAGAGGGUUUUGAACAGAAAAAGACCCGAGGCCGCGAUUUACUCGUUCAACAACACAACACCACAACAUAUGAUACUGCCUCUCUAACCAAAGAAAUCUCUAAAUUUUGUGUCUUGACUCUACUGUCUUCUUGUCCUGUCCUUCAAAGCCUUCCCUGACCCUUCAUUUCUGAGGUUUCCACGCUUGUCCACCUUGUUUUCCCUUCCUCUUUGGCUCUCAUUCUUCUUCCCCCUUUCUCUCUCUUUCUCUUUCUUAACCUACCCUGAGAGAAACUCCACACAUUUUCCUUCUCAUUCAGACCAUUGUUACCUUUCCUUUUUCUUUCUUCCCAUUAUUUCUUGGUUUGGCUUAGUUGGAUUACUUUUCUUUUUGUGAGGCCACCAAGCCCUCCCCAUCUAUAGAGGGGUUUUGUAGGUCUUUCCAUUUUAUCAACAAAUGUUGAGCCAAAAUGGAGAAUAGAACCUUGCGGAAGUGGUGAUUGGAGGAGGCAAAGGUGCCUCUCUUUUGACGAACCUCCCACUUCUAUGUGUCAUCUUGACCACUCCCUAAAGGAAAAAGAGUCAUCUCUCCACAUUUGCUCGGUUCUUCCUCCCCUCUCCUCCCCUCUGUGUUAACCGUUAACUCAAGGAGUUGUUGGAUUGGGCUUCUGUUUUCCACCAUGGCCACCAAGAUGAAAGGGAUCUACAAAGGCUUCAAAUACAUCUCCCAAAUCUUCGUUGUGAAGGAGCGUGAGAUGGAAAUCGGGUAUCCAACAGAUGUUAAGCAUGUGGCGCACAUUGGAUGGGAUGGUCCAUCCGGAAGUGCACCCAGUUGGAUGAAUGAAUACAAAUCAACCCAUGAUUUCUCAUCCUCAUCGCUUGGCAGCUUCAUUGAGCCAAGAGAUACCAACAAUAUUGUUGCUCGUUCCACAUGGUCUUCUCAAGAUUUUGAGCAAUCCAUGGGACAACAUCCAGUAUCCGAGAUGUUCAAAGACUGCCCACCUACUGAUGUUCCAAAUAUUCCCAAGAAGCAUAAGCGGAAAAAGACCAAGUCAACUUCCUCCCCCAAGUCUUCCUCUUCCUCUGUGUCCAGAUCCUCCCGGGCGUUAAAGUCCAAGGCUACAUACAUGGAAUUGGAGACAACAUCAAACCUGCAACUCUAGAACCAGUGUACACUUAACAACUUGCUGCAAAGAACAAAAGAAACUCCCAUUGUGCAUAUCAAAGGUCGUCAAAGACCCCCUUUCUGCAGUUGGGGUGUCCAAUCCACAGGGGCAUCAAGGAAAAAACAUAGGAGAUGUGUAAAUUUAGCAGUAAAAGCCUAUUGUAUUUCUGAGAUUCACAUAGUCACAAAAGGGAAAACAAGAAGAUUGGGGAAUAGAGAUGUGGAGGCAUGCAAAAAAUGUUAAGACAGUGUUCCAAGAACAAAAACUAGGAAGAUGCGAAUUUUUGGACUUAAUUACAAGGAAUAAACAUGCUGAGAGCUGGAUUAUUUGGUUUUCUCCUUAACAACAAA